UACCAAGUUGAUAAUUAAUUCGACAUAUUUUUGGCUGUCCAGUAUACGACUAUUCACUAGAUGAGAUCUCGGAAGCGAGAAGAGGACAAGCAGGAUGUCCUAUCAAAGAAAGUAGAGCCAACUUUAGAGAACCCUCCUGAUGGAGGGUGGGGCUGGGUCGUCUGCUUGGCCUGUUUCUAUGUCCAGUUCGUCGUUAUUGGCUUGCAGUUUGCGUUUGGUGUGAUCUAUACGACGUAUCUAGACCCGCGAUGUGCACACAACACUGUUGGAAACGCAUCAGGUGACGGAACCAACGUUCACGGCAACAGUACGCCACCUCGUACAGACUGCGGAGGGUUUGGAGAAGGCAGAGGGAAGACAGCGUGGGUCACGUCGAUUUGUUUGGCUAUCAUUUUUGCAACAAGUCUGCCUAUAGCUGGCAUAUUGUCUGACAAAUUUGGAUCUCGUCCUGUGGUGCUUGUUGGUGCCCUUCUGUCAGCAACUGCUUACUUGGUGAGCUCAUAUAUGACUGAGCUAUCAUAUCUCUACCUGUCAUACGGUCUAUUGGCUGGUAUUGGCUUUGGGCUAGUGUACAUGCCGUCUGUACUCACAAUCGGCCAAUAUUUCAAACGGAAACGAGGAUUUGCAUAUGGACUGGCAUGUGCUGGAGCUGAUGUGGGAACAGUGACUAUGGCACCCGUAACUCAAGUAUUGCUGGAUUGUAUUCAGUGGCAGGGAGCUUUCAGGGUGUAUAGCGGACUGGCCUUGUCGUUGGUGGUAGCAAGCUUAGUCUACCAGCCAUUGCCCACACACUCUCGAACACUAGAUCAAGACAAGGAAGUGGAGAAACAGGAGCAGAGUCGUCGUCACGUCUGCAUUGAUUUUAGUUUGUGGAUAAAUCCUUUAUUUCUAACUGCAACUGCAGCGAAUGGUUUAAUGGCAUUCGGCUUCCUUAUCCCUUAUGUCCACUUGGUGAAACAUGCUGAAGAUAUGAACAUCGAGCCAAGAGAAGGUGCCCUACUCAUUACAUACAUUGGAAUAUCAUCUAUCCUUGGAAGAGUGGUAUUAGGCCGAGCAGCUGAUCAUCCGUUGAUUAAUAGACUAUAUGUUGUGCAGCUCAGUAUUGCCAUUGCUGGUGUGGCCAACAUUGUCUGUCCAUUCUUUACUAAUUAUAGUGGACUCAUAUUCUACUCUCUUCUGUUCGGAAUGUUCAAUGGCGCUGCUGUCUCUCUUAUGCCUGCACUCUUAGUUGACUAUCUUGGUAUACAAAAGUUUGCACAGGCAUUGGGGCUAAUGCUAGGUGCUGAGGCUCUAGCUGUUCUCUUAGGACCACCAUCUGCUGGGUGGAUUUAUGACUCCACACAUUCCUAUCACAUUGCAUUCUAUUUGAGUGGAGCAGCUAUGGUGAGUGGAGCUAUUGUUCUUGCUGCAUUGCCGUGUUUGAGGAGGAAGAUGAAGCGGAAAGCACAAACAAAGCUUAUUGCACAGCAAGGGCAACAAGACCUUGAUCAUGCCCCUACAGCAAUAGUGUGUAGGACUGAAAGCUUUAGUAUGGACUUUAGACUAAAUGAGAGAUCUUGCCACGACCUUGCAAUGGCAAUGACAAGACUGCAAGAGACAGCACAGAAUUUGUCCAGCUUGUAAGUAUGCAGCUGACUUUAAAUAAAUUGAUUAUUAUACAUCAUUACAGUUGGGUAAGAAGGCAGUGAAGUAUUUAUAUGUUUAAGCUUUAGUUUGAUAUUUAUAAUGAAAGUGUAUACCAGACUACUCAGUAGUGUAUUAUCAUUUCAAAGUAUUCAUGUCAUGAUGAUAAUAAUAUAGCAAGUUGGAAGGUGGA